AUGUGCGGCGGCCAAACUCGAUAUUUCGUCAAUUCUUCUCUGGCCAAGCGGUUUCCUGGUGAAAUUAUUAAGCUUCCUCUAGAAAGUUUGUAUCUUGAAAGUGGCGCCAAAUGCAGUCCAAAACAUUUCGAUGGUGGUCGCUCGAAAGAMGAGGUAUUUGUUGCCAGCUCAUUCGCUAUUGCAUUCGGUUUGCUAAACCAAAAGAAUAAUCAGCUCAUCGAGUCAAAAGAAUUCCAAACUUUUAUCGAUUUUGCAAAUUCUUUUGAUUUUGAGUCAAAUUCAAUAAUUUCUUUGGACAAACCGGAUACGAAUCAUAAUAUCAUCGACGACCUUGAAGAACAAUUAAAAAAUCAAGCACAAGAAAUAUUGAAUCUCCAGAAGCACCUCAAAGAUUGUAAGAAAGCUGGGACAUCCAAGAUAAAGGCGAAGGAAGUCAAAGAAUACUUAAGUUCGAGAGAAAGCUCUAGCUCUUCUAGUGAUGACAGUGGACAAAGUUUCCCGCCUUCGUCGAGCUCUAGUCCUUCAAGUAAAUCCGCUUUGUUGGAAAUAUCACCUAACUUGAAAGAUAUUCAGGACAAUAAUAAUGUACGUCCCUUACACAAGAGGAAAAACGUGGAAAAAAGAACGAAGUCAAUUUUCAGUGAAAUAGACGAUAUCUGCUCUUCACAUAGAGAAUCCCUGGGGUCAAUCCUAGGUCACAGAUUAAUCGGUGAUGACGAGAAUGUACAAAGUACUAUGGAUGAAAUAGUAGAUCUCCUAGUUGAGCAAAAGGGAACUCGAGACGGAUUCAAGACACUAUUAUCAAGCGAUAAAUGGGUCAGCUAUUUUAAGGAAUUGCGACAGCCGGACUGGGUUCUUUUGUAUUUUAAAAUCCAAGCAAAAAUACCUGACAAUGCCUGGCAAAUGCUUCUAAAUAUAACUCAUCUUGGUAGAGGUGGCAGGAAUUCCAACGACACACCUCUACUUCUUACAAAAAAUCAGAUCAAAGCUGUCAGAAAAAUGAUUUUUAAUAUUAUUAAAAAGUCCAUGGGAAUUUGUAAGCGUGACGAUGUAGGCAAACAAGCUUAUGAGGUCGAUCUUAAGUGUGCAAUUAUUUGGGGAAUCAGAGAAAUGAGACUAUUUGGUCAAGAUCAUCCAGAAAUGGAAUUUAAUAUAAAGCUUGAUGGAAGAAUUUUAGGAGGAAGAGACCAAGUACUUAUCGGUCUUGUACCAAUGAGUCAUUCAGGAAUACAAGUCCAGAGCUCAAAAUCUGUCUAUCCCCUUGCAAUAGCCAAUUGCGAAGAAUCUCGGAAGGAAAUAGAAGCUCUGCUACAAGCAUUAAACCGACAGAAAAGAGCUAUCAAGAGCCAAAAAAUUACCGUGGACGGUAAAGAGUACAAAGUUAAAUUUACAGUAACAGCAGACUACAAAGCCCUCAGUAUGCUAAUGAAGAAAAAAUCUUGCUGCGAAGAUGAACAUUGGAAACUGGGAGGAAAAGGCCUGGAUACAGAGUUUUGCAUAUACUGCCUUGCAAUUAGGGGUUGUGGAUGCAAACUUAUAGACGAUGAUGGGGCUUGUGUUACUUGUAUUAAGGAGUGUUUUGAGAGAAGCAAGGCAAAUAUUGGCAGCUGGACUGGUCUUCGAGACGAUCUUGAUUUUAUUUUAGAGGAGGAGUUGAGCGAUGUCAUGUUGUGUGCAUUGCAUUGCGAAAUGCGUAAUACCGAGCAGUUAUUGGGAUCCCUUGGUCUGUUUGCUCACCAAUCUGGUUGUCUAGACGAAUUAAACGAAAUUUUAUCUCAUUUUGGUCCAGAAAGUUUUAAAAAGAAACGACUAAAUGUUAAGCUAAAUCAUGGUCAGGAAACUGCUGUUGGAAAAAACAAUAUCAAAGUUGCAACAUUUUCAGGCCCGACAGAAAGAGAGAUUUUGAACAAUGUUGAACGCAUAAUCAGCGAAGGUCUGCCUCUAGAAAAAUUGACAUCCCAUUACAAGUUCACAGAAAAUGGCUCAAAACAAGUACUUCUGGAUAGGUUUUCCUUUUGUGAAUACAUGACCAAUGAGACCGAUAAGAUUCGCAACAACAAGUUUUACACCAGGGAUUAUGGGACACAUCAAGAGAAAGUGGAACUUGAUAACCUACCUAAGUUUAAAGAAUACUUGAACCAGCAGUACGACUACUGGGUUAAAAAACAGAAAGAUAUAGAAUCGUCCUAUUUGAAGUUUUUUCCGAAAAAGAAUAAAAAGGAAACUGUAAAAAGUAGAAAGAAUCGUUUAGAUGAGGCGGCGACAUAUGCAGGUGAAUUACAGAAGGAUUUUCACACUAUGGUUUUCGUAAAAUGGCGGGAAAUAGCUCUUGUUAUGAGAACCGCGAAGUUUGAAGAGGAUGAUGACCAAGAUAUAGAUAUCUACGAUUUUAAGGCAAAAGAAUGGGGCUAUCUUUUGAGGGAACUUUUCGGAGAUAGACUUGGCACAGGAGACUAUGGACACCUUACCAUUGAGCACACCGCCAUGCUCUUCCGAAGGUUUAGGUCGUUCACGCUGUACUCCAACCAGGGAUUCGAGGCUCUUCACCGAAUGCAAAGACAGUGUUACACACGUGCGACAAAUCAUGACGGAAAAGAGUUUGGAAAGUCAAGUAUGACGCUAAUUACUUCAUUAAUAAUAAUGGUCUUUGUUAGUUUGUUUUGCCUAGUCCAUGUGUCACUCAAUUAUAAGCGUGCAUUUAUAAAAAUGCUAUUCUUGGGUUAAUGACGUUAAAAUCAAAAUUUCGCUUCCUUACUAUGUAUAGGGAUUUGUUUUAAUAGAGUGCUUUCUCUACUGCGGAAAA